UUUGCUUACCCACGCGCUUGCGUCUCCAUCAUCCCUCACUCUCCCUGCCUUUUUCUCUCUACUUUGGUCUCACUAUAUAACCUCCUGUCCCCCACCCCUCUCUCUCCACCUCAAUCUCCCUCCUUCGCGUUUCUUUAUUCCUAACUCUCUUUACCACCUAAACCUCCUUCCAUUCAUUUUUACGUUUUAAUGGAUGAGUUAAACAGCAAGAAGCGGGCUAGGGACGACUCCAACGAGUCGGGUCUGGACUCGCCCGACGUGAAGAGACUCAGAGAUGAUUUAUUUCUUGAUGAUUCAGAUUCCUUGCCUCUUAAUCAAGACCUUGCAUCCGUAAUGAAGAGUUUUGAAGAGGAGAUAUCAGCCGUCCCAUCGACUUCGACGGAAUCUAUGCCGGUUGUGGAUCUCACUUCGGAUUCUGGUGACUCACAACCGGAUCUUGGUUACCUUCUCGAGGCUUCCGAUGAUGAACUUGGUCUGCCUCCCCCUACGGCUUCCACAACUGAUGCUGAGGGAAGGUCCGAAGCGACUGAUUUGGUGCGAGCUGACUCAAACUCCUCGGGAAUCCAUGAUUUGUGGGGUUUCGAGGAACAAAACCCCAACUACGAUUCUUUCGAGUUUGGAUUCGUUGAUAAUUUCAAUGAUGGCACCGUUGCAUAUGAUGGACUGUUCGAGUAUUCCGAUGUCUAUUACGAUUCCUCCGAUAUUUCUGGUCAGCUAUGGCGGCCGGAAACUUUGUCGGCGGAGUAAAAAUCCAAACUUAAAAUCCAAAAAAAAGAAAAAAAAGAGAGAAGAAAGAUUGCAAACCAAGCUAAACACAAAGGCAGUCAUAGCCGAUCUGUAAAUUUUUUUUUCAGCUCGUGUUGGGGUUUGUGUUAGAAAUUUUUUUAUUAAAGGAAGUUAUAACAUACAAUGUGAAGUAGAAAUUUGAAAUGAAA